CAACGAGUUCACAUGAGUGGCUGGGUUACUGAUUAGAGGUGAUGUUAUAGUUUAUUUGUGAUAAGACUCUUGCUUUAAGCACAAAGUCCUGCCAGGUACAACACGCCUACAGCUACAUCACCAUAACCUUCCAGUCCAUCACAGGACCACUGCUGCUUUUCAGAUCCGUUUAUUGCAGGAGCAUCAUGAGUGUAGAGUCCAAAAAAACACGUGAGGCUUGUUGCUCCAAGCUCAAGCUCUUCCUGUUCUCUAUGGCAUGUGUAUACUUUGCUAAAGCCUUCGGUGGAGCCUAUAUGAAGAGCUCCAUCACCCAGAUCGAGAGGCGCUUCGAUAUCCCCAGCUCCCUCAUGGGGGUUAUAGAUGGCAGCUUUGAAAUUGGCAACGUGUUGGUAAUAACCUUUGUGAGCUACUUUGGUGCUAAACUCCAUCGUCCAAGGCUGAUCGCGAUUGGCUGUUUGAUCAUGGCUGUUGGAUCUUUCCUCAUAGCCCUGCCUCACUUCUUACAGGGACUGUAUAAAUAUGAGACCAGUAUGUCUCAUCGUACAGAUGUCAACAGCACUGAGAGCACCCUGCCCUGUCUGUCCAACCACACUCUUGUUGCAGACGAGACGCCUGAUUUAGAGGCCAGAAAAGCUUGUGAAAAGGCAGCCGGCUCGUCCCUGUGGAUCUAUGUAUUCCUGGGAAACAUUCUGCGUGGGAUUGGAGAGACUCCCAUCAUGCCUCUGGGUGUGUCCUACCUGGAUGACUUCUCCAGAGAAGAGAACACUCCUUUCUAUUUGGCCUGCAUCCACACUGUGGGAAUUUUAGGACCUAUGUUUGGGUUUAUGCUCGGGUCAUUCCUUGCCAAGAUCUACGUGGACGUUGGAUUUGUGGAUUUAGACAGCAUCUCCAUCAACUACAAGGACUCUCGUUGGGUGGGAGCUUGGUGGCUGGGCUUCAUAGUGACUGGCGCUGUGAUCCUGUUGUCCAGUAUCCCAUUCUGGUUCCUGCCCAAGUCUUUGCCCAAGCAGGGGCAGAAGCAGAGUAAAAGCACAGAGCUCGCUACAGUGGCAGAGCAUGAGAAUUUCCUGCAAGAGGAUAACCAGGAUCAUGAGGAGAAGGAGAAGCCUGUUUCAUUCCAGGAGUUGGCUAAAGAUUUCAUUCCAUCUCUGAGGAGACUCUUCAAGAACAGCAUCUACUCGAUGAUGAUCCUCACCUACCUGGUGGCUGUCAACGGCUUCAUAGGCAUGAUCACUUUCAAGCCAAAGUUCUUGGAGCAAGUCUAUGGCCAAUCAGCUUCCAAGGCCAUCUUCCUCAUAGGUAUACUAAACCUGCCAGCAGUAGCUUUGGGCAUCAUCACUGGAGGUUUUAUACUGAAACGUUUCAAGCUGGGUGUCAUCGGAGCAGCCAGGGUGUCAAUCGCUGCCUCCCUCGGGUCCUUUUGCCUGUUUUGCGUUAAGGUCUUCAUCCACUGUGACAAUGCAGAGGUGGGAGGUCUUACAGUCUCAUAUCAGGGGGCUCCUCAAGUGUCCUACAACCAACAGACUUUGCUGUCCCAGUGCAACAUGGGCUGCUCCUGCUCAAUCAAGCAUUGGGAUCCAGUAUGCUCCUACAACGGAAUGACAUAUGCCUCGCCCUGCCUGGCUGGCUGUCGGACAUCCACCGGCACUGGCAAGGAAAUUGUGUUUCAUAACUGUACCUGUGUUGGGGAGAUGAUGACUCCAAUCAUGAACAUGUCCACGGUGCUGGGCCAGUGCCCCAGGAAGAGUGACUGUGAUCAUAUAUUUAAAAUCUUCAUGGCUUUGUCUGUAGUGGGGUCCUUCAUUUCUGCCUGUGGGGGCACGCCAGGAUACAUCGUACUGCUCAGAUCCAUACAGCCAGACCUGAAGUCACUGGCUUUGGGUAUGCAAACGCUGAUAGUAAGAACUCUGGGUGGCAUACCACCUCCAAUAUAUUUUGGAGCACUGAUUGACCAAACCUGUUUGAAGUGGGGUACCAAGCAAUGUGGAGGCCGUGGAGCAUGUAGACUCUAUGAUGCUAACGCAUUUAGAAUGACGUUCAUGGGAUUGAUUACUGGACUCUACUUCCUAGCCAACAUGCUGUGGGUAGGCCUCUACUACAAAAUUGUAAAGAGACAGAAGAAGUUAGCACUGAGGAAUCAGGCCAAAGAAAAUGGACUGGAGGGUAACAGCGUGGGCAAUGGACACGCCUCCAUCAACAUUGCCAAAAACAAAGACACAGACAAGGAGAGCACUAUUUAAAGUGUUUGAGGAAGGCAAUACCAUUGUAUAGUGCAAA